UAACAAGCAAUCUUUGUGAAAUUGUUUCUCUUCAACAUACAUAGCUUAUUAAUUCCACUCAUCCGAAGCAGCUGCAAAUUCCAAAGCCUUUUUAGAAGAGAAUAAAUCCAUGGAUUUGCAUAGCAAGAUCCUGCUACUAACAUUGGCUUUGGCUGCAGCAACACUAGCUCCAUCCCCGGCAGCUUCUCAGCCGAAGCCAGGCUGCUCCGGCAGCUGUGGCAACCUCAACAUCCCUUUCCCAUUUGGCACCACCCCUGAAUGCUACCUUGAUGAUUCUUUCCUCAUCAACUGCAGCAACUCUAAGCCAUUCUUGAGAAAAGGCAACUUGCAAGUGCUCAACAUAUCGCUCGAUGGCGUAAUACGUGUCUCAGCCGAUGUUGCUCGCGACUGCUACAACAAGUCUGGCUUGCUAGUCAACAAUGACGCCACCACCACAAGGAUCAACCUGAUCAAGUUCUUCAUCUCCAGCACGCAAAACAAGUUCACGGUUGUUGGCUGCGACACGUAUGCAGAGGUGCUAGUAACGGAAAGAAUGGAAUACACGGCAGGCUGUUGGUCAUUCUGUAGUGACCUCAAGACAGUAGCCGAUGGAUCAUGCAAUGGCAAAGGAUGUUGUCAGGUUUCCAUUCCACCGGGAGCAAAAGACUUUUCAAUAGCCGUAACAAGCUUGUACAACCAUUCCAAGGUGUUGGAUUUCAAUCCUUGUGGCUAUGCUUUUGUGGUCGAGGAAAAGGCUUUCAACUUCUCGACUGCAAAUCUUAAGGAUUUACGGGGCAUAAGUACCGUCCCUGUCGUGCUCGACUGGACAGUGGGGAAUGAAACUUGUGAAGAAGCUCAGAAGAAGUCUUCCAGCUAUGCUUGUAAAGCCUUGCAUAGCCAAUGUCUUAAUUCUGCAUUUGGCUAUGGCUAUCUUUGCAACUGCACUUCAGGCUAUCAAGGGAAUCCUUACCUUGCUGACGGCUGCGAAGAUAUCGAUGAAUGCAAAGUGUCGAACCUCUGCAGUGAAACAUGCAUAAAUUUGCAAGGGAGUUUCAAGUGUUCUUGCCCAAAGGGAUACGAAGGCGAUGGAAUGAAAAAUGGAACAAGAUGCUGGAAAAAGGGUCAGAACAGGGGAUCUACCCUGCUUGCUACCGGUUUGGGUUUAAGCACGGGACUUCUGGUUUUAUUUCUGGGAAGUACUUGGGUUUAUUGGAUGCUGAGGAGAAGAAAGUUCUUGAAGCUCCGAGAGAAGUUCUUCCGGCAAAAUGGCGGCUUUAUGUUGCAGCAGCAACUCUCCAAACAUGAAAGGUCGGUUGAAACAGCCCGAAUCUUUACUGAAGAAGAUCUCAAGAAGGCUACCAACAACUAUGAUGAAAGUGGAGUCAUUGGUCAAGGAGGGUUUGGAACCGUUUAUAGAGGAGUUUUGCCGGAUAAAAGAGUGGUUGCCAUUAAGAAAUCAAAAAUAAGUGAUCAGAACCAGAUUGAGCAGUUCGUUAAUGAGGUGAUUGUCCUUGCACAAAUCAACCAUAGGAAUGUGGUAAAUCUUUUAGGCUGCUGCUUAGAAACAGAAGUCCCCUUGCUGGUUUAUGAAUUCAUCACGAAUGGAACACUAUCGGAUCAUAUUCACCAAGAAAACCGUUCAUCGUUGCUUACAUGGGAAAUGCGCCUAAAGAUAGCAGCCGAAACUGCAGGAGCUCUUGCGUACUUGCACUCUGCUACUUCAACGCCAAUAAUUCAUAGGGACAUUAAAAGUACGAACAUCCUUGUAGAUGACAAUUACACUGCAAAGGUUACCGAUUUUGGAGCUUCAAGACUAGUCCCACUGGAUCACACUCAACUGGCCACAUUGGUACAGGGGACAUUUGGAUACAUAGACCCUGAAUAUUUCCAUUCAAGCCAGUUGACAGAGAAGAGUGACGUUUACAGCUUUGGCGUCGUCCUUGCAGAGCUGAUAACUGGGAAGAAGGCACUUUCUUUUGACAGACCCGAGAAGGACAGAAACCUGUCGAUGUAUUUCAUUUCUGCGAUGAAAGAGGAUCGUCUUCAUGACAUUCUUGACCACAAAAUGGUGAACGAGAAGCACUUGGGACAGAUUAAGGAAGUGGCCAAGUUAGCAAAGGGGUGCCUGAGAGUAAAAGCAGAAGAAAGGCCAACUAUGAAAGAAGUAGCUAUGGAGAUAGACAGUCUGAGGAUGAUGAAACACCAUCCGUGGGAAGAUGUAGAUUUGUACCCUGAAGAGUCCGAGCAGCUCCUUAAGCAAAGCAUACCUUCAGAUGGCCACUAUGGUGCUUCGGGCAGCAACUUUAGUGUUAGCACCUAUGCUGGUUACGACAGCACGAGGGAUCAAAUGGUGGUGCCACUAGAUGGUGGAAGAUACUUCAGUUACUACUGCAAGUUUGAGCUUUUUGCCAUGGCGAUAAUCGGUUCUGGGAGGUUUAAUCCCGCUGGUGCAGAGCUUAUUGAGUGGGAAAAACAUCCUGCUGCGUCGAUUCCAUGUCAAUGGAUGAGCCAAGCGGAAUGUCAACAGUUUAGAGAAAAGUACAACGUCCCCGAAGAGUGGGAGGUAGAGUUCAACAGUCAUCUACGGGCAUGUCAUCCCGUCGCCGGCCGCCUGUGCAUUUAUAAGUGUGCUUUUGACAGGGGCUUUCGGCUCCCUCCCCGGAGAAGAGUGAUGACCUUACUUCAACAUCUUACUAUCGCUCCCGCCCAACUGUCUCCCUUCGGAUGGCGAUACCUGAUGGGGUUCCUCCUUAUUUGUCAUUCCGGCAAAAUUGAGCCAACUGGAGACCUCUUCGACUAUUUCUUCACGACCAACCGCGACCCCGGAGGGUGGAUCUCCAUCUCCCCUCGGAUCGUAAAAGAUAGCCGUCUUCUCGCCUGCAAGGGAUACUCUAAUCUUGAGAUCUCUGCUUCGACUCUCAUGCAAUCCGGCGGGUCGAAAGAUUCUGAUGAUUGGAAGGAGCGUUUUGUCUUCGUCCGCCCCAGGCCAUCCGGCUCUCCUCAAGAGAUCUGGUCUGUCAGUAACGAGUGGACUCUGGACACUAAGCACAAGCGUCCGAGUGUCGAGACCAUUGAAGAUUUCGCCUGCCGACUUAUGAAGAACAGUCGGAACUGGGAAGAAGGAUGGCUCUCCAAUCCCGGCCUUUCCCAAGCGGGUCUGGACGGCGAGAACUAUGAAGAGGUCUGGGAAAUAUCUUAUUCUGCUGUCACUAAAGGAAUGAUAUUGGACUUCCCUGGGAGUAAAGGCCCUUCGGCACCUUCCGGCAACCAGAGGGUGUUGGAGAGGACUGCGCCUUCCGAGCGAAUUCCAAAGAGCAAGAAGAGUAACAAGAAGAACUCAUUACCGUCCAGGUCGCGAAGGGCGGUGGAGGAAGACCCCGGGACCUUCCAAGAGGCUUCCAAGGGGAACAUUGCUGGGGGUUCGGGGGACCCAUCUUCCCCGCUUCUCCUUUCUCAAACCAGAGGCUCUCCGACCGCGCGGCGAGAAGCCUCCACCAUGCCUGCGCGCUUGCCGAUCUCUCCCGAAGGCGAUUCGGCGACCAUCGCUCAGGUGCUUGCUGUAGCUCGCGCGGAGGCCCAGAAAAGGCAAACCAUGGCAGGUACGGAGUCCAGUGCUACGCCUCCCAGCAUCCCUAUCAGUUCGAUUUUUAAACGAAUUUUAACGCCAUUGGCACCAGCGGGGCGUUCGGAGCUGACGGGAGAGGCUUCGCUGGAGGAGGCUUCGGUGUUGUCGGCGAAGGAGAUUUUAGCGCGCCGGACGAAGCGUCGCAGGAUGGAAGCCACUUCCCCAGCUGCUGCUCCCUCCGAGCCUUCGGCUCCUGAAGCCACCAAUGCCCCUUCAACGGCUUUAGUCUUACCGGAGACUCUACGAACUCCGAACGAAAUCGACUAUUGCGCUGAAAUUCUAAGGAACCUUACGGAGUUCCAAGGUCUGGUCUCUCGACGAGAGUCCGAACUUCAAACUCGGAUCACCUCCCUGGAGUCUGAAGUGGAAAGGCUUCGAGGGUUGGAAUCUCUUUCUUCCCAAUUGUCGGGUCUCGAGCACCGGGUUCAUAUUUUAACCAAGUCUGUGGAGCUGGCGCAAGAAGAUGCCCGACUUGCCAACGAAGCCGAAGCUCAAGCUCGGGAGGAUUUGGAGUUGGUCCAGAAGAAUAUGCUUGAGGCUAAUCAGGCCAAUUCCCGACUUGGGGAGGAGCUGGAUUCCACUAAGGUUGUUAAUCGCCAGCUUCAGGAGGAUAUAAAAAGACUCACUCUAGAGCUGAAGGAGGCCAAGAAGGGGCAGGUCGAAGCAUUGGAGUCUUAUUCCCGGUGCAAAGAAGACCUUCGUACCGCUCAUGCCCAACUUCAAUCUGCCCUCAAGGAUGCCCAAGUGGCUUUUCAGAAUGGUCGAGAGGAUUUCCGAAGCUCUGAAGCUUAUGCCGCGGAGUUAGAAGGAGUUCUUCGGGGUGGGUUUGAGCAUAUGAGAAAACUCGUCAAAGAGCGCUUCCCGAACUUGGAUGUUGACUCCAUCCCCUUUGAUAUUAAAUUCAACUCAGAAGAAGAAAAUUCCCAAUCCUUCUUAAGGGAAAUAAACAAGCUAGAGAUGAAGGAAUCCAUGGAUUUACGUAGUAAGUUCCUGCUACUCACAGUGGCUGCAGCAAUACUAGCUCCAUCUCUGGCAGCUUCUCAGGCGAAGCCCGGCUGCUCCAGCAGCUGUGGCAACCUCAGCAUCCCCUUCCCAUUUGGCACCACCCCUGGUUGCUACCUUGAUGAUUCUUUCCUCAUCACCUGCAAUAACUCAAAACCAUUCUUGAGAAAAAGUACUCGUCAAGUGCUCAACAUAUCACUUGACGGCCUAAUCCGUGUCUCGGUCUCUGUUGCACGUGACUGCUACAACAAGUCUGGCUCACAGGUUAAUGAUGACAAUACCACAAGCCUCGCCCUGUCAAAAUUUUUCAUCUCCAAUGCCCGAAACAAGUUCACAGCUGUUGGCUGCGACACGCUUGCAUUAGUGACGGGCAGCAUAGGCCUGAAUUACACUACAGGCUGCUUGUCCAUCUGUGGUGACCUUGAGAGAGUGGCCAAUGGAUCAUGCAAUGGCAAUGGAUGUUGCCAGGUUGCCAUUCCACCGGGAGCAAAUGACUUUUUAGCAGGCGUAACAAGCUUGUACAACCAUUCCAAGGUGUUGGAUUUCAACCCUUGUGGCUAUGCUUUUGUAGUCGAGGAAGAGGCUUUCAGCUUCUCGAUUACAGAUCUUAAGGAUUUUCAAGGCAACAGAACCGUCCCUGUCGUGCUCGACUGGGCAGUGGGGAAUGAAACUUGUGAAGAAGCUCAGAAAAACACGUCAAACUAUGCUUGUAAAGCCUUGUAUAGCCAAUGCAACAAUUCAAGCAAUGGACCUGGCUAUCUUUGCAACUGCACUUCAGGCUAUCAAGGAAAUCCUUACCUUCUUGAUGGCUGCGAAGAUAUCAAUGAAUGCGAAGUCUUGAACCCCUGCAAUGGAACAUGCAAAAAUUUGCCAGGGAGUUUCGAAUGUUCUUGCCCAAAGGGAUACGAAGGUGAUGGAAUGAGAAAUGGAACAGGUUGCCAGCUCAAGGGUCAGCUCAAGGGAUCUACCUUGCUUUCUACUGGUUUGGGUUUAAGCACAAGCCUUCUAGUUUUAUUUCUGGGAAUUACUUGGAUAUAUUGGAUGCUGAGGAGAAGAAAGCUCAUAAAACUCCGAGAAAAGUUCUUCCAGCAAAAUGGCGGCUUCAUGUUGCGAAAACAGCUUUCCAAACAUGAAAGAUCGGUUGAAACAGCCCGAAUCUUUACUGAAGAAGAUCUCAAGAAGGCUACCAACAACUAUGAUGAAAGUGGAGUCAUUGGUCAAGGAGGGUUUGGAACCGUUUAUAGAGGAGUUUUGCCGGAUAAAAGAGUGGUUGCCAUUAAGAAAUCAAAAAUAAGUGAUCAGAACCAGAUUGAGCAGUUCAUUAAUGAGUUGAUUGUCCUUGCACAAAUCAACCAUAGGAAUGUGGUAAAGCUUUUAGGCUGUUGCUUAGAAACAGAAGUCCCCUUGCUGGUUUAUGAAUUCAUCACGAAUGGAACAAUCUCGGAUCAUAUUCACCAAGAAAACCGUGCAUCGCUGCUUACUUGGGAAAUGCGUCUAAAGAUAGCAGCUGAAACUGCAGGAGCUCUUGCGUACUUGCACUCUGCUACUUCUACGCCAAUAAUUCACAGGGACAUUAAAAGUACGAAUAUCCUUCUAGAUGACAAUUACACUGCAAAAGUUUCCGAUUUUGGUGCUUCAAGACUGGUUCCACUAGAUCACACUCAACUGGCCACAUUGGUACAGGGAACAUUUGGAUACUUAGACCCUGAAUAUUUCCAUUCAAGCCAGUUGACAGAGAAGAGUGACGUUUACAGCUUUGGCGUCGUCCUUGCAGAGCUAAUAACCGGGAAGAAGGCACUUUCUUUUGACAGACCCGAGAAAGACAGAAACCUGGCAAUGUAUUUCAUUUCUGCGAUGAAAGAGGAUCGUCUUCAUGACAUUCUUGACCACAGAAUGGUGAACGAAACGUGCUUGGGACAAAUUAAUGAAGUAGCCAAUCUUGCAAAGAGGUGCCUGAGAGUAAAAGCAGAAGAAAGGCCUACUAUGAAAGAAUUAGCUAUGGAGCUGGACAGUCUGAGGAUGAUAAAGCAUCAUCCGUGGGAAGAUGUAGAUUUGUACCCUGAAGAGACCGAUCAGUUGCUUAACCAAAAUAUACUGUCAGAAGUUGACUAUGGUGCUCUGGGUAUCAACUUUAGUUGUAGUACCUCUGCUUACAACGGCACUAGGGACCAAAUCAUAGUGCCACUAGAUGAUGGAAGAUAG